CUGGCCGGAGCAGUUUCCCGAGGCCCAAGCGCCCCGCUCCCCUCCGUCCCCUGGACGCUCUUCUCUGUCCCCCGGCCCGCAGUCCCCUUACCGGCUCCGCCAGCCCCUGGGGGACCCGCGGAGGCCCCCGUCCCGCCGCCGCCGCCGCCUGCCACCGCGGGGGUAGCCCGGGCCGAUUCCGGAGUCGCCCGGACUCGAGAGGCUGCUGCACCGGGCCUCAGCCACCUCCGGAUGCUGGUGCUGCCGCCCCCCUGCCCUCAGCCCCGGGCGCUGGCCAAGGCGGAGGCCAUGGAGGACCCGCGCCCUGGGACAGGCCGGUCCCCAGAACCCGGACCUUCCUCCUCCGCAGGAUGCCCCCCGCCCUCCUCCGCUCCGAGGCCCAACCACUACCUGCUCAUUGACACGCAGGGCGUCCCGUACACCGUGCUGGUGGAGGAGGAGGCUCCGAGGCAGCCGGGGCCAGCGGGGACCUCAGCCCAGAAGAAGUGCUACAGCUGCCCCGUGUGCUCCCGCGCCUUCGAGUACAUGUCCUACCUGCAGCGCCACAGCAUCACCCACUCGGAGGUGAAGCCCUUCGCGUGCGACACCUGCGGGAAGGCCUUCAAGCGGGCCAGCCACCUGGCGCGGCACCACUCCAUCCAUCGGGCCGGCGGGGGGCGGCCCCACGGCUGCCCGCUCUGCCCGCGCCGGUUCCGGGAGGCGGGCGAGCUGGCCCAGCACAGCCGGGUUCACUCUGGGGAGCGCCCGUUCCAGUGCCCGCGCUGCCCGCGCCGGUUUAUGGAGCAGAACACGCUGCAGAAGCACAUCCGGUGGAAGCACCCGUGAGCCGGGCCGCAGGGCACCCCUGGUACCGUGGGAUCUGGGGGAGCCCGGACUCCUGCGGUUCUCAGACACCCGGAGGGCACCCGAGGCUGGGCUGUGGGGCCCUGGACACAGACACGGACCCACCUGCUGCGGAGGCCAAGCCCCGCGGAGGGAGGAGCUCCGGAGUCACCGCGGGUCCCCGCGUUUUGGAGACAAGACGGGAACAAGACCUCAGUUCUCAGAGUGGAGGCCUCCAGCCUCAGCGACACCGGCUGCUCCAGGCUGGGCCCUGACAGGGGCCGUGGGGGAGGCCGCUGGGCGUGGACAUUCUCUGGCCUGAAGUGUGGUUGGGGGCCAUCGGGAACCCACUCCAUCUCGCUGAGGCCUCCAUGCGGAUGUUGGGGGCGGGGCUCCAGACCUGGCCGCCCCCCCCCUUCGCCCCCUCCCCCCCACUCCAGCCAGGGACUGAGAGUAGUCACCCAAUAAACCCGUUUUCUACUUUGA